AUGGUCUUUGUAGUCAACACUGAACUAAAGAUGGGUGUAGGCAAGAUAGCGGCACAAGUGGGGCAUGCAACCCUUGCUCUAUAUCGCCUGCUUCAAACCCAGUCCAAUUGGAAAGAACAGUGCACCAAAUGGGAGGAGACGACCGUGACAAAGAUAGCGGUGCAGGGACAGAGCACUCACCACUUGCUGGAGCUAAAACACAGAGCUUACGAACUCCGGUUGCCGAGUAUUAUUGUCCACGAUGCAGGCAGAACCCAGGUUGAGCCAGGCUCACUGACUGUCUUUGCUGUGUUUGGUAAGGUGGCAGAUGUCAAUGACAUUACCGGGAAAUUAAAGCUUUUAUAA